AUGUCAUAUCUCAAAAUCUCUGGGGCAAAGAUCGUUAACAAGGAUGGGGAAGAGGUCAUCCUCCGAGGUGCGGGGUUAGGAGGAUGGAUGAACAUGGAGAAUUUCAUCUCUGGAUACCCUGGAUGUGAGUUUCAGAUACGCGAAGGCCUAGCCGAGGUUAUUGGGCCUGUGAAGUCAGAGUUGUUCUUCGACAAGUUUUUGGAUUACUUUUUCCAAGAUGCCGAUGCGCAAUUUUUCAAGAGCUUGGGGUUGAACUGUAUCCGUCUUCCAUUCAAUUAUCGUCAUUUCGAGGAUGAUUUAAACCCACGCGUUCUCAAACCGGAAGGUUUCAAACACCUCGAUCGCGUGAUUGACACAUGCGCAAAGUAUGGGAUUUAUACUAUCCUUGACCUGCACACUGCUCCAGGAGGACAGAACACGGAUUGGCAUUCCGAUGCGGGUACUCACAUCGCAAACUUCUGGCUGCACAAAGACUUCCAGGACAGGGCCGUAUGGCUGUGGCAGGAGUUGGCGACGCAUUAUAUGAAUAAUACCUGGAUCGCUGGCUAUAAUCCUCUCAACGAACCCACCGACCCUACUCACACCCGUGUCAUCCAGUUCUACGACCGCGUGUACAGCGCGAUUCGCACAGUUGACAAAGACCACGCUAUAUUAUUUGACGGUAACACGUUUGCGUCCGACUUCUCGCACUUUGGAGAUAUCUACAAGAAAUGGGAGAAUGUGGGUUACGCGAUUCACGAUUACUCCCUGUUCGGAUUCCCUGCAUCUCCGGAGGACUAUGUGAGCAGCGACGUGCAGAAAAAAAGGUUGAGGAGAAGUUACGAGAAGAAGCGAGAAUGGAUGGACCAGAAUGGUUUGUGCGUAUGGAACGGGGAGUGGGGUCCCGUGUACGCGAGGACUGAGUAUGAAGGGGAGAAGACGGAUCAGAUCAACGAGGUCAGAUUGAAGGUCUUGAAGGAUCAGUUGGGAAUCUACAAUGAGGACCGUCUGAGCUGGUCUAUCUGGCUCUACAAAGAUAUCGGCUUCCAGGGCAUGGUGCAUGUCUCAAGGGAGACGGUCUACAUGAAGCUAUUCAAGGAUUUCCUUGCCAAGAAACAUCGACUCGCUGUUGAUGCCUGGGGCGCUGACGUAUCGCAAGUCCAGCACGUCUACCAACCGCUCAUCGACCUCAUUCAGCAGGAGAUCCCCACGCAGUUCCAGAACUUGUACCCUUUCCCCGUCUGGAAGCUGAGCGACCGCGUCGGACGUCUUGCGCGCAAUAUCCUCGUCUCCGAAUUUCUCGUGAAAGAGUGGGCGGAACACUUCCGCGGCAAGACCGAGGCCGAAAUCGACGAGAUCGCGAAAAGUUUCAGCUUCGAGAACUGUUUGCACCGCGAAUCGUUGAACAAGAUCCUCACAGACAAUGCGACUUUGGUCGGAAAUGACGAUUAG